ACGUGAGGCACGUAAGCGUUUGUCCGUGCGUCGUGUCGUCAUUUUUACGAGUCUGUAAAAUCUAGUGACCUUCCUCAGCACUCGUGCAGUACAGUGUCCGGAAGAUAAGAAGCCGCUUCGAGGCAACAAUCUCUACUGUUUAAAAGACCACUAUGGGUGACAUUGAAAAGGGAAAGAAGGUCUUUGUGCAGAAGUGUGCCCAGUGCCACACUGUCGAGAAGGAUGGCAAGCACAAGGUCGGACCCAAUCUCUGGGGUCUCUUUGGACGCAUGACGGGCCAGGCACCAGGCUUUUCCUACACAGAUGCCAACAAGAGCAAAGGCAUUGUUUGGAAAGAGGAUACUCUGAUGGAGUACUUGGAGAACCCCAAGAAAUACAUUCCUGGCACGAAAAUGAUCUUUGCCGGCAUCAAGAAGAAGGGCGAGCGCGCAGACCUUAUCGCAUAUUUGAAGUCUGCCACAUCGUAACACUGCUCUAUCUAUAGAGGGCCGUGAAGAUAUUUAAAUUAAACAUCUGUAAUGUCUUGGGGGUUUUGGGGUCUUUUAACAGUACCUAGUUGAACAAUUUAUCACAUCACUAAACAUCCUGGACUGUUGAAUUCUGGACAUAGAGCCAUGGCAGGCUGCUGAUGCCUCACUGUCUCAGCAGUGCAGCUUUCCCAUGUCUUUCCGUCCUGCUGAACGCUGGGUAAUUUAAUGGUAAUGUCUGAAUGUGGAUUGAGUUACAUUGUGACUGCAAAUGUUGAUGUGCUUAGCGGUUGCCGUGGCAACUUGUGUACCAGAUCAUUGAAUAAAAAAAAUAGUAAAAAAAAGUUUUGUUUUAUGCAUGUUUCUGUAGAGAACGUGUACAAUAAAAACUAUCCUACAUAUCUAUAAAUCCUCA